UUUUUUCAAGAUUGGAUGCUGCGUAAUUGAUUUUUCAUGUCUAUCUUGGAAACGUCAUCGCCCCGCGUCUGUAAGGAAAUGGCAUGCAGACUGAACCACGCAUGAGUGUUGUAAACAUUUAACUUUUCCUGAUAAGAUUGAACUGAAAUGGCACCGGCAGAUCAAAAAAUGAAGAAUAAGAAGUUUACAGCGAAAGAUGGCAACUGGAAGAAAUCAAAAAAUAACGCACAGGGGGUCAAGAAGAAGAGGAAAUGGGUCCCCGAGCACAAAGUAUUCGAAGGCAGUGUUAAGGAAGGUCAGGGGUUUGCUUUAAAGAGGAAGCAAAAAGUCAAACAUGAGUACAACAAGCUGCUGCGGAAGGAGAAGAAGAAGAACCCUGAGUCCAAACCGCUGUACGAGGAUGAGUACCCAGAACACCUCAGGCAUCUAUACAUGGCCGAGGCAGAGCAACUGAAGAAUGCGGCUUGGACCAAUAGAAUGAACAGGAGUAAGCAGAGAAUGAAAGGGCAGGAGAAGGGAGAAGAGAGAGGUGAAAAUGAUGCUGCUGCAUGCCAGAGUGAAGCUGCUGAUCCAGAUCCAGAAGUUACUGGUGGAUCUGAGCUGACAGAUUCUGUCACUGGGAACCCUGAACCAACAGCAGCCUCAGAGAAAGAAAGCAGUCUUCCGAUGAGCAACCGCAUGAGGAAGAAAAUGCUGAAGAAGACGUCUUACCAGAAGACAAAAGAGGAAUUUGAGACAAUCAAAGAAAAACGGAAAAAUAAGAAAGAGGAGUACCUGAAGAACAAGCAGCAGAGAGAAGAGGCCAUUCAGAAGUACAAAGAGAAAAAGAUGGAGACGUUUCAGAUGCUGAGCAAAAAGACCAAGAAAGGACAGCCUAAUCUGAACCUCCAAAUGGAGUAUUUGCUUCAAAAGAUCCAAAGAACUGAGAAAUGACUCCCAAGUCAGAGCUGAUACUGGAGGAUUAAUGGGAAAUGGACCAUGCCUGUAUUUGAUUAUGGAAUUUAAAAAACAAUUACAACUACCUGAGGACAAUCAGGAUUGUGCCAUUC